AUGGCUGCGGGCGACAAGUGGACUCCUCUGGCGUGGCCGGGCGCUCUCGCGUCCGAGGAGCUCGCGGAAAGGAUCUCCAAGUGCAGGGUCCUCGCGGUCGGCGCGGGCGGCAUCGGGUGCGAGCUGCUGAAGACGCUCGUGCUGACGGGGUUCAAGGACAUCGAGGUGGCCGAUAUGGACACGAUUGAGACCAGCAACCUCAAUCGGCAGUUUCUCUUCAGGAAACGCCACGUCGGGCAGCACAAGGCCACGGUCGCCGGCGAGGCCGCGCGCGCGUUCCGUCCGGACGCGGACGUGUCCGUCCAGGCGCACUGCGUCAACAUCAUCGAGGAGUUCACCCCCGCCACCAUCGGCAAGUUCGACCUGGUGAUGAACGGGCUCGACAACCUGCGCGCGCGGAUCCACAUGAACCGCCUCUGCCUCGCCGCGGACGUGCCGCUGAUCGACUCGGGCACCGAGGGGUACAAGGGCCAGACCAGCGUGCACCUCAAGAAGACCUCUCAGUGCUUUGAGUGCCAGCCGAAGCCCAAGACGAAGUCGUACCCGACGUGUACCAUCCGGAACACCCCCGACCAGCCCAUCCACUGCGUGGUGUGGGCGAAGGACCUCCUGUUCCAGCGUCUAUUCGGCCGCGUCGAGGGCGCCACGGACCUCGACGAGCAGCCCGCGGACCUCGACGAGCAGCCCGCGGACGGUGGCGAGAACGGCGCCGCGGACGGCGCGGGGGAGGAGUCUUUCUUCCUGCGUCAGACAGACGAGGACCCCGUGGCGUACGCCGAGCGCAUCUUCGCGCGCGUGUACACGCACGACAUCGAGCGCGUCCUCCGCAUGGACGACCUCUGGAAGUCCGGCCGGCGGAAGCCGGCCCCGCUGGACGCUGCCGCGUUGUUGGGCGGCGCGGACGCCGCGUGGCGCAGCGAGGCCGCGGCGCACGGCGCGGGCACGCCGGCGUCGCUCGCGUGCGGGCUGCGCGACCAGCACGCGGUGUGGUCCCCGGAGGAGUGCGCGCGGGUGUUCGUCGAGUCGAUUCGGAGGAUUCUGACGGAGCGCGCUGCUGACGUGGGCAACAUGGUGUUCGACAAGGAGGACAAGCUGGCGUGCGACUUCAUCACGGCGGCGACGAACCUGCGCGCGUACAACUAUCACAUUCCCACCAAGCCGCUAUUUGAGACCAAGGCCAUGGCGGGGCGCAUCAUCCACGCGAUCGCGACCACCAACGCCAUCGUGUCUGGCCUCAUGGUCACCGAGGCGCUCAAGAUCCUGUGCGGCGCCCGACACAAGUGCUGCAUCACAGCGCUGCAGCUGCGGUCCGAGAACCUGCUCGCCACCAUGAACCUCUGGCCCCCCAACGCGGAGUGUAUCGCGUGCGGGCAGUCCGAGGCCAGCCUCGAGUGCGACACGGCCACCUUCACCCUCGGAGACGUCCUGGCGCACGUCGCUCGCGGGCCCCGCGUGGCCAUGUCGCGCGAGGUGAACGUCACCACCGCGGACGGCGACGGCUUCUUGUACGAGGAGGGCGACGGCCUGGACGGGGAGGAACAGGCCGAGGCGGCGGCGCUGGCCAGCAAGGCGCUGAGGGACCUGCCUGGCGCGAAGGGCGACGCCGACGGGCUCGUGCUGCUCCUCCAGGACAACAAGCAGGACCUGGAGCUGCGCGUGCGCGUGGCGCAUCGGUCCGACAUCGACGCGGAGGAGCACCCGGGGGGGUUCAUACUUGACUCAGCGGCAGCGGAGGCGGCCGUGCAGGCCAAGGCGGCGAACGGGGACGCGGGGGCGGGGCCGAGCGGCGCGGCGGCGGAGAGUGAGGACGAGAUGGAGGUAGUGGUGGCGGGAGCAGAGGGGGGCGGUGUGGGCCGCGCGGGGGGCAGGAAGCGCGGGCGCGAGGACGACGGCGCCGGGCCGUCGAAGCGCCCGCGCGCCCCCCAGCACGAGGACUCCGACGUGGUGCUGCUGGACGACUGA